AUGGGACUCGUUGAGGAAGAGCGAACGCACUCGAUUGCGAAUCACUCGGUUGAUUUGGACGUCAAGAAUGGCGCGCUACUAGAGGGCAAGGCAGAUGCAGCCCUCGAGUUCCUACGCGAUGAAGAUACCGCGAUCGCAGUCGAAAUCAACGAGAAGACUCUCGUCCGCAAGAUUGACUGGAUGAUCAUGCCGUUAAUGUGGGCAGCGUACAACCUGCAAUAUCUCGACAAGGUGCUCAUCAACUAUGCAUCCGUAAUGGGUCUACUAAGCGACACCAACAUGCGAACGAACCAAUUCUCCAAUCUAACCCUCGCUUUCUACGUGACAUAUCUAUUCUUCGAGUUGCCGACUGGUUAUCUCAUGCAGCGAUUACCGACUGCGAAAUACCUGGGCUUCAACGUUAUGCUAUGGGGUCUGAUGACAACGCUGAACUGUUCGGCAAAGAACUUUGGGGGAUUGAUGACACUGCGAGUACUACUCGGAUGCUUCGAAAGUGCCAUUGCACCGGCUUUAAUCCUCAUCACUUCCAUGUGGUACAAAAGGAACGAACAGCCAAAGCGAAUGGGAAUCUGGUAUCUCGGCACCGGCACGGCAUCCAUCAUGGGCGCCCUGGUAGCAUACGGCCUGCUCUUCUACACAAGUGAUCACUUCAAGUCAUGGCAAAUCAUGUUUUUAAUCUUCGGACUAAUCACAAUCGCCGUGGGCAUCUGCAUCGUCAUUUUCCUGCCCGAUAAUCCUAUGACCUCGCGAUUAACGCACGCCGAGAAGGUCCUAGCGAUUGAGCGGCUGCGCGAGAACCGCACCGGUAUCGAGAACAAGCAUUUCAAGUGGCGUCAAUCCAUCGAGGUCUUUAAAGAUCCGCAGACGUAUCUGAUCGCCAUAGUCGUAACGGCCAUGGACGUACCCAACGCCGCGGUUAGCAGCUUCACGUCGUUGAUCAUCAAGAACAUCGGGUUCACUACCAAGGAAACCGAGCUCCUGAACGUUCCUAACGGAGUCGUCAGCAUUAUCAGUAUCUUGACAGUCACAUAUCUCGCAUCUCGCUACGACCAGCGCUGCCUGUGUGUAGUUCUCGCGUUAGUGGGCGGCUUACUAGGUGGCUGUCUCCUCGCAUUCUCGCCCAAGGACAUGAAAGCCGCUCAGCUGGCCGGCAAUUAUCUCACUCAAAUCACCGGUUCUGCUCUGCCACUCAUGUACUCCAUAGCAGGUGCCAAUGUUGCCGGACAUACGAAGAAGAUCACCAUGAACGCAAUCCUGCUCAUGUCCUUCUGUCUGGGUAAUAUUCUGGGCCCGCUUACCUUCCGCACGCAGGACGAGCCUGAUUAUAUCCCCGCGAAGAUUGCGCUCGUUGCUACUAUCUCGGUGGCGAUUAUCUUCGUACUGCUUUUGCGGGUUUACUACGGUUGGGAGAACCGGCGCAGGGAUCGACGACAUGAAGGCGAGACGCAUGUGCAGAACUCGGAGUUUUUGGAUCUGACUGAUCGGGAGAAUCCAGAGUUUCGGUACAAGUUGUAG